AUGAAUCACAUCACCGACAUCAACGAACCCUACCCGACACCCGAGGCUCUCGCCGCGGCCACCAGCACCCACAGCCAGGGCCGAUUCCGCAUCUCGACACGCAAGCUCCCCAUCUCAAAGGCCGGCGUGAUAGACUCCCUCACCGACAAGAUCGGCAUCCCCAUGCCCGAGAUGAUCUUUGGCGAGAACCUCGUCUCCCUCGAGCACGUGCCCUCGGGCUGGUCCGUCAGCUUCAACACCCCCGACGCCCUCGACGCCGUUGACAAGACGGAUAAACACAUGCUCAAGGUCGCCUACGCCCGGGAUUGGGAGAGCACAAGGGAGGGGACAACGCAGGGGAUCAAGGAGGUUGUCAAGCCUUAUGACUGGAGCUACUCGACGACGUACACCGGCACGCUGGCCCCAGGAACCCAGCAGUUUACGCCCACGGACCAGGCUAUCCCCAUUGAACUACUCAAGCGACGGGACCCCAUGAUCUUCUUUGACGAGGUCAUGCUAUACGAGAGUGAGCUCGACGACAAUGGCAUCUCUAUCUUUAGCGUCAAGGUGCGCGUGCACGAGAAGCGCAUGCUUCUGCUGUGUCGGCUGUUUAUGCGCCUGGACAAUGUCAUCUUGCGGAUACGCGACACCCGCAUCUAUGUCGACUUUGAGACUGAUACUGUCCUUCGCGAGUACUCUUCUCAAGAGGAGAGCUUUGCGAAUGUCAAGAGGAAACUCUUUAUGUCUGGCAGAUUGCCCGACGAUAUUACCAUUGCCCUGCGCGAUCCCAACGUUUUGGCACCACUACUACCUCUAGUAGAGCAGCGGACAGAGGCUGUCAAGUUCAGCACAUGA